CCCUCAUCAGAUGUGUCUCGUUCCUUCUCCCACAUGCUCUCACCGAGCUCGCUCCUCAAACCAUCUCUAUACUUGAGAGCAUGGCCUACAACGUGAAAGUUUAGUAGCGACGACAGUUCUUCAUGCAACGUACAAGCUAGUUGAGAGCGCAGCAUAGCACAUCUCGAAAGUUGUGUGCUUGAUUGCGGUUCGCUCUUCUCAUCUAACGUUCCAACAUCGACAUUCGACGCCGCCCAAAGGCCCAACCAGGGACGUCCCUGCCCAUCCGCUCGCACCGCAUCCACUCACUCGAAUCGGCUCACAGAAGUAACAGAGUUGCAGUGAGAAGCGAAAGACCAUCGUCAGCCAUACCAGAGAGCCACGUCAGUGGUCGCAAACCUUCAAUUCGCAAAGAUGGCGACAGCGGGGCCAGCAGCUGGCCAGUCCGAGGCCCAGUGGAAACAGCAGGUGAUGGCCACCGCACCCAAAGAUGACCGGCCACAGACAGAGGAUGUGACCAACACGCAAGGCCACGACUGGGAAGACUACUAUCUCAAGCGCGAGCUCCUUAUGGGCAUAUUUGAAGCAGGGUUUCCGGUCCAAGAAGCGAGCAUCCCGAUCGCUCUGACUGGCAGAGAUAUUCUAGCGCGAGCAAAGAAUGGCACGGGCAAAACAGCAAGCUACAUCAUUCCAACCCUAGAGCGUUUGAACCCCAAGAAGAACAAGAUCCAGGCCAUUCUACUUGUUCCAACACGAGAGCUGGCGCUGCAGACGAGUCAAGUCUGCAAAACUCUGGGAAAGCACACCGGCGUCGAAGUCAUGGUCACCACCGGGGGCACUACGUUGAAGGACGACAUUUUGCGGCUCAGCCAGACUGUACACGUGCUCGUUGGAACACCAGGGAGAAUUCUUGAUUUGGCCGGAAAGGGUGUCACAGAUCUUUCGCAAUGCACCACUUUUGUCAUGGACGAGGCAGACAAACUGCUAUCCCCCGAAUUCACUCCAGUCAUGGAACAAUUGCUCGCCCUAUUACCCAAAGAGCGCCAGGUCAUGCUUUUCUCCGCCACAUUUCCUCUGAUAGUUAAGGACUUCAAGGACAAGCACAUGGUCAAUCCAUACGAGAUCAAUCUUAUGGACGAGCUCACGCUGCGCGGUGUCACACAAUACUACGCAUUUGUCGAGGAACGGCAAAAGGUACACUGCUUGAACACCCUUUUUUCUCGUCUGCAAAUCAACCAAUCCAUCAUCUUCUGCAACUCAACCAACCGAGUCGAGCUGCUUGCCAAGAAGAUCACCGAUCUUGGCUACUCGUGCUUCUACUCGCACGCAAAGAUGCUCCAGUCGCAUCGCAAUCGCGUCUUUCAUGACUUCCGCAACGGCGCGUGCCGCAACUUGGUCUGCUCUGAUCUCCUCACGAGAGGUAUCGACAUCCAAGCCGUUAACGUCGUCAUCAAUUUUGACUUCCCCAAGAACGCAGAGACCUACCUGCAUCGUAUCGGCCGGUCCGGUCGGUUUGGCCACCUGGGUCUCGCGAUUAACUUGAUUACCUAUGAAGACCGCUUCAACCUUUACCGUAUCGAGCAGGAGCUCGGCACGGAGAUCCAGCCGAUCCCGAGUACGAUUGACAAAAAGCUCUACGUCGCCCCAUCGCUCAUCCACGAGAACGGCGGCCAAACUCCUGCGAAUGGCACUGCGCCGUCCCAUCUGCAAGCCGGCCGACCCGUGAUUCCAGCGACGCAAGCAGCCAUGCACGCGAAUGCUAUCCCACAAUCGCAGAACUUUACAGAGACGGUGUCCCACAGGCGAGGAGGCGACGGAGGUGGCAGAGGAGGGUACCGUGGGCGCGGACGAGGUGGGGGCCGAGGAGGCGGGGGAGGCGAAAGGAGGGGUGCGGGCGCUGGGAAUGGCGCGGGCGUUCCGGCUGCUGCACGGUCGUAA